CACUUGAGUCCCCAAAACGGCCGCGGAGCUCAAAUGCCGGCGUCUAGAGCAGGAAACCUGAGCUCUCUCUUCCGCACAGCCGUGAAGUCCAAAGCCAAGGACAGUGCAGCCACCGCCGCCUCAAAAGCCUCCGCAGUUAUCUCACAAGCCAACGACUCAACGCUAAUACAGUUUGUAUCAUCGCUCGGCGUCCCAUCGUCCUCCACCGCCUCACAUUCCGCUGAACUUUCAGCAAAAUCUCCCCAAAAUGCCUCUCUAUCGAAGAAAAAUUAUCUGAGAAGUGACAUCGAUUCGGCAAUUCGGAGUUUGGAGACCGAGUCACAUACUGAUGAAUCGGCGAAGCAGCUAUCGAGGGAGAUAUCUUCAAUAUUGUGUGGUGAUAUAUCUCUUGAUUCAGCUAGUUCACUUGAUCCCGAAUUGUGUCAAUCGACUAAUGAUGAGAAAUCUAUGGAGACAAUUUUAGAUAUACCAUGGUUUUCAAAUUUGCCCCGCAAUAACAUAUCACUACGCCGUAAAGAAGUAUCACGUGAAAGAAAACAAAAAUGGAUUUUCAAGAAUACCCAGAGUUACCGUUUUGAGCGGUUAGUUAGAAUGUGUGCUUGCAAAGUAGGAGCAGAUGCUACCCUUAAGGUAUUUGGUAAAUUAGGAAGAGAAACUGGUGUGAAAGAGUACAAUGCAUUAAUAGGACUUUGCAUAGAGAAGGCAAGGAGCACUAAUGAUGAAGAUGUUUCUUUAGGCCAAAUUUAUAAUGCUUUUCAACUUUUUAAAUCAAUGAGGGAACAGGGUUUUCAGCUAGAAGAAGAAACUUAUGGCCCAUUUCUCAUGUUUUUGAUCGAUAUGGGUAUGAUAGAAGAAUUUCAUUUUUUUUGUGGAAUUAUUAAAAAUGAGAAUCCUAGUUCACUUUCAAGAUUAGGCUACUAUGAGAUGCUGCUUUGGACCAGAGUCAACAAUAAAGAAAAGAUUCAAGAGCUUUGUGAUUACAUUGCAGUGGAUGAUGAUGGAGACAAAGCCAAUAUUCGAGAAAAUUAUUUGUCAGCGCUCUGUGAAAGUGACCGGAAGGAGGAGAUAUUGCAAGUGUUAGAAGUCAUAGAUAUAACAAAAAUUUCAUCAGUGGACCAUGUAGCCUGUAUUUUUAAGUCUUUGGGAAGGCUGUCAUUGGAAUCCUUUGCAGAGAAGUUCAUUUUGGCACUCAAAGCUAGUGAUUACGGAACAAAAAAAAUCUCAUGCCUCAUUUUGGAUUAUGCUGUUUGCAUGCCAAAUUUAGCGGUUGAGGAUGUUAUUCUAAAAUUCAGAAACUUGCAUGCAAAAGUGGAGGUGACACCUUCUUCCAUUUCAUAUGAGAAGCUCAUCACAUAUUGCUGUGACUUGCUUAAGGUACAUAUGGCUUUUGAUAUAGUUGACCAAUUGGGCGAAGCAGGGAUUACAUUAUCAACAGAGACAUUAAAUUCCAUGUUACAUGCAUGUGAGGAGAGCUGUGAGUUUAAUUUGGUUCGUCGAAUCUAUUCAUUGAUUCACCAACAUAACCUGAAGCCAAAUAAUGAAACAUUUAGAAGCAUGAUAAACUUGAGUGUGAGAAUGAAAGAUUUUGAUGGUGCUUAUGCUAUGCUCAAUGACCUCGAGAAAAUGAAUUUGAAACCUACAGCUGGCAUGUACAAUGCUAUAAUGGCAGGCUAUUUUCGAGAGAAAAAAAUUUAUGGGGGCUUAAAGGUUCUCAAGCAAAUGAAAGCUGCAGAUGUGAAACCGGAUUCUCAAACUUUCAGCUAUCUAAUAGGCAACUGUAAUUGUGAGGAGGAUAUUAUUAAGUAUUUUGAUGAACUUAAGAAUGCUGGAGUUCAAGUUACGAAGCAUAUUUUCAUGUCACUUAUAAAUGCUUAUGCAGCAUGUGGACAAUUUGAGAAGGCAAAACAGGUAGUCCUAGACAAAGGAGUGCCAGUUAAGAGCUUGAAUGAAAUUAAAUGUGUGUUGGUUUCUGCUCUUGCAUCCAAUGGGAAAAUGUCUGAUGCUGUCAGCCUAUAUGAAGAAAUCAAAGAUGCUGGAUACAAUCUGGAGCCCAAAGCCGUCAUAUCUCUCAUUGAGAACUUUCCAUCAGAAGGAGAGUUGAGUAGAUUGCUUCAACUACUUGAUGGAUUGGAUGAGAAUGACUCAGGCUAUUGGCUUGAUGGUUACUGCAGAGCCAUCUUAUAUUGUGUCCGAUACAAGCAUUUGAGUUCUGCCAUUGAUUUACUCAAGCGACUCAAGGAUAAAUUCUACAAUGAUGAAGUGGCUACAGAAGUUUUUUUUGAGGAGGUAUUUUGCGAAGUUGCGGAGACAGAAUCUACGGAUUUGCAGUUUGGCUUAAGUUUGCUUCAAGCUAUUAAAGAUGAGCUUGGGUUACAGCCUUCACGAAAAUGCCUUGAUUUUCUCCUCACUGCUUGUGUGAAUGCCAAAGACUUGCACAGUUCUCAGUUGAUUUGGAAAGAAUAUCAGAGUGCUGGUCUUCCUUACAAUGUUUUAAGUUAUUUGAGGAUGUAUCAGGUUCUGCUGGCUUCAGGAGACCAUAAAUCUGCAGCGAAAAUGUUCAAUAAGAUACCUAAAGAUGACCCCCAUGUUCGUUGUGUAAUCGAAGCAUGUCAAGCAACUUACACAGGUCAAAAUCUAAAACGGGAAAGAAAGAAAACUCGGAAGUGAGUUUCAGUCCCAUAGGAAGAAGGAAACAAGAAGGGUUUGCGACAUGGAUCUGUUUUCUUGUUGCAGCCUCGCUGUUAAUAGGUUCAAUGUAUAGCAUUAUUCUUUAAAUUCAUUUUUUUGGGAA